AUGGAGGACGGCGGCGGCGGGGGCCAGAGCCGGUCGCAGGCGGGGGCCUCGGCGGGGGGCGGCGACGAGAAGUCGGGGGGGCCGUGGACCAAGGACCGGAAGGACCCGGCGGCGCCGGCGGACAAGGAGCAGGAGCUGGUGAGAGCGGGACGCGCCUCCGCACGGGCCGGGCGCGGAGCUGAGUCACGCCGGGCCCGGCCGGCGCCGUAUCGCCCCUGCCCGCGAUACCGCCUCUCCCCCGGCGCCGAUACACCCCGGCGAUACCAUCUCUCCCCCGGCACCGAUACCCCCCGGCGAUACCGCCUCCCCCCCGUCACCGGUACCGCCUCUCCCCCGGCGCCGAUACCACCUCCCCCCCGGCGAUACCAUCUCUCCCCCGGCACCGAUACCCCCCGGCGAUACCGCCUCCCCCCCGGCUCCGAUACUCCCCCCCCCGGCGAUACCGCCUCCCCCCCGUCACCGGUACCGCCUCUCCCCUCGGCUCCGAUACUCCCCCCCCCGGCGAUACCGCCUUCCCUGUCACUGAUACCACCUCCCCCCCGGCUAUACAGCCUCCCCCCUGUCACCGGUACCGCCUCCCCCCCGGCGCCGAUACCCCCCAGCGAUACCGCCUCCCCCCGGCGCCGAUACUCCCCCCCCCCGUCACUGAUACCGCCUCCCCCCCGGCGCCGAUACCCCCCGGCGAUACCGCCUCUCCCCCGGCGCCGAUACCCCCCCCCCCCGGCGAUACCAUCUCCCCCCCGGCGCCGAUACCCCCCCCCGGCGAUACCGCCUCCCCCCCGUCACCGCCUCUCCCCUCGGCUCCGAUACUCCCCCCCCGGCGAUACCGCCUUCCCUGUCACCGGUACCACCUCCCCCCCGGCUAUACAGCCUCCCCCCCGUCACCGGUACCGCCUCCCCCCCGGCGCCGAUAGCCCCCGGCGAUACCGCCUCCCCCCGGCGCCGAUACUCCCCCCCCCCCCGGCGAUACCGCCUCUCCCCCGGCGCCGAUACCACCUCCCCCCCGGCGAUACCAUCUCCCCCCCGGCGCCGAUACCCCUCCCCGGCGAUACCGCCUCCCCCCCCGUCACCGGUACCGCCUCUCCCCUCGGCUCCGAUACUCCCCCCCCCGGCGAUACCGCCUUCCCUGUCACUGAUACCGCCUCCCCCCCGGCUAUCCAGCCUCCCCCCCAUCACCGGUACCGCCUCCCCCCCGGCGCCGAUACCCCCCGGCGAUACCGCCUCCCCCCGGCGCCGAUACUCCCCCCCCCGGCGAUACCGCCUUCCCUGUCACUGAUACCGCUCCCCCCCGGCGCCGAUACCCCCCCCCGGCGAUACCGCCUCCCCCACGGCGCCGAUACCCCCCCCCGGCGAUACAGCCUCCCCCCCCGUCACCGGUACCACCUCCCCCCCCGGCGCCGAUACCCCCCGGCGGUACCACCUCCCCCCCCGGCGCCGAUACCCCCCGGCGAUACCGCCUCCCCCCGGCGCCGAUACUCCCCCCCCCCGGCGAUACCGCCUUCCCUGUCACUGAUACCGCCUCCCCCCCGGCGAUACCGCCUCCCCCCCGGCGCCGAUACCCCCCGGCGAUACCGCCUCCCCCCGGCGCCGAUACUCCCCCCCCGGCGAUACCGCCUUCCCUGUCACUGA